AUGUCUACAAAAGACAGUAAAUCCAACUGUAAGAAGAGUUAUCCCGUUCGUCGAAGUUUGAGACUGCAGCCGAGAAAGACGGCGACAAACGAGAAGAAAACGGCGGGGUCUGUGAGAGCCAAGAUGGCUGCCCACAGCAGUGACCUCAGAGAAAAGGUCAUCGGUAAGCUGCGUGACAACAAUGGACCAAUGGAAACCCUCGCCCUUGCCCGCUCCUUGGGCUUGAACACACGGAAGCAGAUUAAUCCAACGCUGUACAAAAUGCAACAGCAGGGCACCAUCUUAAAGGUGUCAGACUCCCCACCCAAGUGGGGUCUCAAACACGAGGUCACGCUGGGUCAUGAAUCUUUGGUCACAGGUCAAAAUUCACCCCUGCAUAGUUCCCACAUGCAGUGCGACAUGAAUGAAACGGAAGACGACUUGCCUAGUUUGGAAUAUGUAAAUAAUAUCGGAACGGGUGAAAGCGCCCAACAAGGGAUGGAUGGUUCCUUUAAUCUGCAUAAUGACGCUGUCUCGCGACACACCUCAGAUAAAAGGAUGUACCAUCAAGACGAGCGCACAGUGCAAUAUAAAUCCUCCCCCAUGAGAGAUAAUGAGCAAGGCCCACUCUGCUAUGGAGCAGCACCGGCAGCUGCCUACACUAAGGGUGAUUCCAUUUCAGAGAUGGGUGCGAGAGGGAGUCAAGCUGACUUGUACUGCGCACCUGGUAGCAACGACGUACAGAUGGGUCCUGCCCCGUCCUCAUCCAGUUCCAGCGAUGAUAUGGAGAGUUUGGACCAACACGACGGAGUCAGCAAUGGGCUUCCAAAUACGCCGACCAUUGCAGAGGCUAUCGAGUUCCUGAAGCCUUCCAUAGCGCAGCCAGAGAAUAGAAACAACAUGAACUACAAGUUGCUGUCCGCACUCUGCCAACAGAAGGACCCCAUCCACUCCAAUGAGCUGGCGAAGCUUGUUGGUUAUCGAUCCAAGAAGGACAUCAACCCGACCUUGUUCGGGAUGCAGAAGCAAGGUCUUGUCAGAAAAGUAUCAGAAUCACCUCCUCUCUGGGUGGUAACACACCAUGGGAGGCAGUCAAUGGUGAGUGGGGAACCAUCUGGCCAGCCACAGGGACAGCAGCGCCAGUUUCCAAAAUCUCAGGGCGGGGUCUCUGGGAGUUCCACACAGCAGCGCCAGACACAGCAUCUGCAGCAGCAACAGCACCAGCAGCAUCAGCAGCGGCAGUACCAGACAUCCCAGCACAGGAACAUGAGAGGUCCUCCCACGACAAACAGCAACCAGUCCUGGCAGUCCGGGUGGGUACCCCCGACACCAGCUACCCUGAUUCAGGGUAACCACAACGAUAGAUUCCAAGGAAAUACAAACGGCCCUAGUAUGCAGAGGCCAGGAGAUGGUUUCCACGAUGACAAUGCCUGGAUGAUGGACCAGGAGAGCCAGUCGCAAGACUCUACAGAAUCAAAUGGUGCAAUACCACCUUCUGCACCCAGUGAGUUUGAGUCUUACCAAGACCAGCAACACCCACCGAUUCCUCAAUAUGAGAGCAGAGGAUCCCCUCAACCAAACAGUGACCUGGCUGAGCAAAUCCAAAAGGCUCUGUCCAGCGGGGAUCCCUUAUCAACGAUGGACAUCGCUCUCGCCAUCGGAUGCAAAAAUGCGCGAGACAUCAAUCCGACAGUUUACACCAUGCAACGAAACAAGCUCCUAGAACGAGUGAAAGAUUCUCCUCCAGUCUGGAAGCUGUCUUCGGCCGGAAUGGAACUUGCAAGGAGCAACACUUCGCCUGACCUCACUGCAGCCGGCAGACCCCCUCCAAGUCCCCAAGAGCUUUUCCAAAAGAACACUAGCUGGAGAACUAGUAACAACGGCCAGGCAUCCGUUCCAAAUUUCCACGCUCAGAGUGCCGGCAACAGUCAAGCAAUGGUGCCGUCCCACAUGGCAAAGGGCCAAUCUCCUAUGGUGACCCAUAGUAGCGGACCUGUUGCUUCCCACAAUGCAGCUGGGGCAACAAUGAGUAGCGAAAUGUUUGGUGCUAUCAAUAAGAACCCGAUCAGCGCGCUUACUGAGUACGCCCAGUCCAGGCACUUACCGGUCACUAUCGAGAUGGUCAACCAACAAGGACCUCCUCAUAAUCCAAGGUUUACAUUCUGUGCUGUCGUUGGCAACAAUUACUUCCCCCAAAUCACCAGCCGAAGCAAGAAAGAUGGCCGCCGGGAAGCUGCGGAUAUCGCGCUACGGACCCUGAUAGCAGAGGGAAGCUACCAGCCGAAAAUGAGUACCGGCCCACUUGAAGCGUCCUCAGGUGGCUCGACCACAUUCUAUGACCACAUGGCCGGUUUGAGUCAUCAAGCAUUUAAUUCCAUAGCAGCAAGUAUACCCGAUAACAUCAGUGGGCGUAAAGUACUAGCUGCAUUGAUCAUGAAGACAGGAGAGGCAGACAAGGGGAGAGUCAUCAGCCUUGGAACAGGUAACCGAUGCGUUACGGGUGACAUGUUAAGCUUAGAGGGUGGAACAGUCAACGAUUCUCAUGCAGAGAUCAUCACCAGACGGGCUUUCUUAAGGUAUCUGUACAACCAACUGACAGACUUCAAGCAAAACCCGGAGAACACGAUCCUGAGCGAGAGGUCACCGGGUCAGUUCAGGGUCAAGCAAGGUGUGACCUUUCACCUCUACAUCAGCACGGCACCCUGCGGUGACGGGGCGCAGUUCUCUCGGACCGAUGCCGGGGAGAACGCAGAGGGCCCCGAGGGACUAGAGCUGACUGGGCAUGCUCAGCAUCUACCGACAUUCGGAAAGAAUAUACAGGGGCUGCUCCGAACAAAAAUGGAAUACGGUGAAGGCACAAUUCCAGUGGACUCCAGCCAUCCAGUGCAGACAUGGGACGGCAUCAUUAGAGGAGAGAGACUCCGCACUAUGUCAUGCAGCGAUAAGGUGGCAAGAUGGAACAUCCUUGGCCUCCAGGGGGCGCUUCUAAGUCACUUCAUCGAGCCGAUUUAUCUUAGCUCUGUAACACUAGGUUCCCUAUACCACCACGGCCAUUUAUCUCGCGCCACCUGCUGCCGUCUGAGCCACUCCUUGGAGACUCAAGAGUUGACCACAUCCCUACCUUCCCUCUACCGAAUCAACCACCCCCAACUGGGCUGCGUCACGGCGUUUGACCCUCCUAGGGGUACCGAGAAGACUAAGGCUCUCAGCAUCAACUGGUUCGUUGAAUGCCCGGGGCCGGAGGUAACAGAUGGGACCAAAGGAAGGAUUCAAGGUGUGGUACCCUCCCAGCUAUGCAAAUCCACUCUCUUCACAGAGUUCCAGCGAGUCGCCCAGCUCUACGGCAGAGAUGACCUCCUCCAGGCCAAGACGUACCACGACGCAAAGGGGAUGGCGGCAGAUUUUGAGACGGCUAAGAAGUAUAUGAAGGAGAGCUUCAAGAAAGGGGGCUAUGGAGUGUGGAUCGAGAAGCCGGUCGAAGAGGAACUUUUCUCAUUGUGAUGAGGGUCAAUAUCGCUAAGCAUGAAUGAAUGGAAAACAUUAUCAUACAUUGUAUUUUCUAUGGGGUUUCAGCGGAUAAACAUUUUAGCUGAGCAGGUUUUGUCUAUUUGGGGUUGUUGUUCUCAAGCAAGAAAGGAGGCUUCAGAUCAAGAAACCUGUUGAAGAGGAUUCUGUUCUCAUUGUGAUCAGGGCUAAUAUUGCUUAGAAACCUGUCGAAUAGGAACUUUGAUGAGGGCUGAUACUGCUGAAUGAAAAGCGUUAACAUGAAAUGUAUUUUCAGCAGAUAACUUAUUUCAGCUUAGCAGGGUAUUUUGCUUAGCAAUUAAGUAGGCGAAGCCGUUUUUAGAUUGAGAAAUCUUAUGCAGAGGAACUUUUCUUCUUGUAAUCAGGGUCUAUGAUUAUUGAGUCCCGUUGUUGCUUAGCAUGAAUUAAGCAUUUACACACAAUUUUGUUUCUAUGGGGUUUCAGCAGAUAACGCUUCAGCUUAGCAUUUUUUUUUUCACUUUGCAACAAAGUAGGCUAUAAAGCGGUGUCUUUUGCAAAGUCCCAUUGUCGCUUAGCAUUUAUAACAUAAAAUCAUUGACACGCAGUGUAUUUUGCAUGGGGUUUCAGCAAAUAACCUGUUUCAGCUUUACCAGCAGGUCUUUUUUGCUUAGCAACAAAGUAGGCUAAGCAUAUAUAGCCUUUUUCAGAGGAGCUUUUCUCAUUGUCGUCAGGACCUAUUUCAUCUUAGCAGGUUUGUUUGGUUUUUGCUUAGCAAGAAAGGAGGCUAAGCAGUGUUUUCCUUACCAUGGUCAAUAUUUAUACACUCCAUAUAAUGUUUUGUAGACUUCUUGUAUGAUGUAAGCUCGGACUUCAAAUCUAUCUCGGUUUUUGUACAACUUUAUAGAAUCAUGUUUUCUCUCUUAUGGUUGUAUCUACAAUUUUGAACUUGCUUAAAAAUAUAGAUAGUGAUUGGAGGAUUGUGUAACUUUCCAUGUAGUAAUAAUAAUAACCCGUUUUUAUAUAGCACUUUUCACACCCGUAGGGCGUCCCAAAGCGCUUCACAUU